CCUCCCGCCGCUGACUGGGAGAAUGCCCGUGUUGUACUGACAGAAACGAUACGGGCUCAGCAGACAUGGAGGCCCGAUUAACGCCACAGGCCCGCUCGGACAGCCCUGAGCUCGACUAGCGCGGUCCCCGCAGAAGGAAUACGGCGACAUUUUGGAAACUUUCACGGUUUCAACAUCACUUUCCCAAGGGAACCAUGUUGGUACGCACGCAGAGUGGAUUUUGAGUGGAUCUGAACGAUGUGAUCGCUGGUUUAGAAAGCGCUAAAAUCACGAUUAAAGGUGAAGAAGGAUAGGCAGUGAGGAAAGGGCGACGUUUCAGCAAACCAACCCAAGUAUUUCUUCUCAAGUGUUACUAUACCCCCUUCCCCUUCCCCUCUACCCCUUUCCCUCCUCCUACUGGACUUGUGAACCCCCUACUUCUGAAAACUGUACAACUUCUGCACACAUCCUGUCUCGCUCAACCCUCCUUGCCAAUGGAUCAGAGGACACAGGGGGGGCCCACCACGCCACCCCCUCUCCCUGCAAAUGCUCUGCCGGUGGAGCGUGAGAAGGAGGGAGUAGGUGGCCAGAAAGAGGAUGAGGAGGACAAGAGAAAGCGAGAGAAGGACAGGGAGGGGGUGCCAGCCAACCUUUGCAACCCUGAGAAUGGCCCUGGUGACCCGCAGCAACAGUCUCCACAGUUCUCUGUCAAGGAAACCAGCUAUUCAGAGGGCAAUGUCAAGCUUAAGAUAGGCCUGCAGGCUAAACGAAUGAAGAAACCCCCUAAAAUCCUAGAGAACUAUGUAUGCCGACCAGCUUUUCGAGCAACUGUUCGACACGGGACCCGAGGAGGGGGGCGUGGAAAUCGUCGGGGAGGAUCAAAUGAUGGUAGUGGCAACACUCCUAGUCCAACCCAUGUUAAAGAAGCAGAAAAGGGCCCCACCGUUAACCAAGGAGCGCCACAGUCCUCAGGUGUUCCUGCUGCUACUGCCUUCGCAUCUUCUCUUCCUCCUCCCACUUCCACCAGCACUUCCCCUCCUGUGAAUGGGAGUGCAUCAGCUAAACGAGGUCCUCCAAAGCUGGCCUGCAAAUCAGAAGGAAAGGCAGAUGUGAAAAGUAUUGCACCUUCAGAGAGACCCCUUAAUUUGCACGGUUCUUUAGCAGACAGCAAAUCACACUCCUCUGGAAAGAAGGGCCUAGUGUCCCAGUCUAACCCUUCAGCCCCUUCUCCACCGGCUCCUUCCCCCACUUCAUCAACCACACAAGACACCAAGAUGGAUGGAGUUUCAAAGAGCCCUGAGUACUCAUACACCGAUAAUCAGAAGGAACAAGAGAGAGGAGUUCAAAGCUGGGGAGCACCUACAGUCACAGAAAAACUUGCGCAGCUCAUAGCCACCUGCCCACCUACAAAGUGUCCUAAGCCUAAACCCCGCAAAGUGUCCCCAGCAUCAUUAAAUAGUAGUUCUCCUCCCUUGGUUACCAAUUUGCAGCGACCUGAGAGAAAUAGGAACACUUAUUCCAGAGCAGUUCACCUUGCUCCUCCUCCCCCUGUUUCUCGGCCUCCAGGCCGCCCGUAUGGUUCUAGAAACAAAGACAGUAUCCUGGAGAAGCUAUCAAGCAUACCAAGAAAAGAGGAUGCUGAUGGACUUUCAAAGGGGAUUAUAGGUAGCAACAGUCCCACCUCUGUUCCAGCUGUAUCAUAUGGUAACAGCCGCUUUACAAACAUUACAAAUGAUAGCAACGACAACAAUAACAGCAGUGUAUUGAAAUCACAGUCUCGUCUUGGGCACUGCCCUUCUUAUUCCUCCACACCUACUCUCUCCACCUCCACAUCCUCUUUAGAGAGGUUAGGGAGUGGGAGCAGCCACCAGGGAACACCUGCCUCAACUGGCUCUCGAAUUAGAGCGAGCCCCUCACAAACAGAAGAGAACAUGGAGAGAGAGAAAGAAUGGGACAAAGACACUGAUAAUCCUAGAGACUUAAGCAAAAGUCCUUCAGCAACAGUAUCAGGGAAACAAGACACUAAAGAGAAGCUGCCUGUGUCCGUACCUCGAGGUGAUCGGGGAAAGAGCUCAAGUCCAGCCAAGCGAAGUCCUGCUCAGGAAAGUCGUACUGCUGGAGAAUCAAGCCCUAUUGAAUCCACCAAACACCAAACUGCGUCUCAUUCUAACACUUCCAGUAUAAGCAGCAGCAGCAGCAGCCCAGCAGCACUUUGUGAUGAUCCUGCAUCUCCUGGAUCUCCUGCCUCACCAGCAGAACAGGACUCAAAGCCCCUGAAAAAACGCAGAGGUCGUAGGCCUCGCUGGACGAAGGCGGUCAGUCGUGCACACAGGCCGUUGCAAGACACAGUUUCUUGUCAGUCUAAACCCACCACACCACUGGAUUCAGAUUUUACUUCUUUACAAACAAUGCGACGGCCUGUGGGAAGGCCGCCCAAUGCUAAUCGUGUACCAUCUGUUGUCUCCCAACUCUUUGAAUCUCAACCCAAGAAAAGGGGCCGCCCUAAGUCCAAAAUGCCAAGGCUUGAUGCACCUGCACGUGGUCGACCACCUCUCAAGGCAGCCCCCUCAAAAGUCUACUCCAUGCUUAAGUCCAAAGAGGAACAGGAUCCCCCUGUCUUGCACCCAGAGGUGGAUCUGAACCCUCCUAAACCCAUGCCAAGGAAACGAGGGAGACCGAAGCGCUUGCCACCAACUCUACCACAGGAGACCCAGCCACCAACACUAGCUCCAGAGUCAGGGGAUGCUGAAUCAGGUGACAAGGGCUUUCGCAACAAGGGCAAUGGGCAGCUUAUAAUGAAGACAAUUAUUGGCAAGAUAAACAAGAUGAAGACAGUUAAGCGGAAGCGGUUCCUUAGUCAGAUCCUUUUAGGACCAGGCUCGGGACCUGAUCCAGAAGUUCCUAAAAGCACAGUUCCCUCAGGAACUGCAACUACUACAACACAGUCUCUCUCAUCACUUGCUGCAACCUUUGGUGGAAAACUGGGACCUCAGAUCAAUGUAAGCAAAAAGGGGACAAUAUACAUGGGUAAAAGGAGGGGCCGUAAACCAAAAAUGCCAAGCAACCCAUUACCAGGUGCUCCUACGCCACCACCUGAACCUUUCUUGUCCCCAAACACCUCCUCCCCUCAUCACUCUCAUCAGGCAUCUCAAGGUUCACAAAACCAGCAGCAUCAGGUGCCUCCUUCUGAUAUUUUCCCCUCCCCAUCGCUUUCCCAGUCCAGUGGUGGCCAAAGCCCCAUUAGUGAUGCUAGCUUUGUUGAACCAGGUUCAGUGCAUUUCAUGACCCAUCCACACUGCAGCCACUCCCAUCAAAACCACCACCCAUUUUCUUUUACCCCACCAACGUUUUCAGCACCCUCUCCUCGUACACUUGGAGGAACCACAUCUGCACACUCCUCACAAAAGAAGCCUUCUUGCAGAGGCCAUCACCAUCAUCACCACCACUACCGGCAGCACUACCAUUAUCAUAAGCUCUCGCCUCCCAGGCCGCUAUUGCCCACAUCCCCUGCUCCCCUUAGUGAAUUGAAGGAAGCUACACCUUCACCUGUUAGUGAGUCACACAGUGAGGAAACUGUGCCUAGUGACAGUGGCAUUGGAACAGAUAACAACAGCACAUCAGAUCGUGGCGAGAAAGGUGGGAGUGCCAGUGGCUUAACUGGAGUUGGGGUUCCACAGGGUUUGACUAGUGGACUACUAAUACCUGGCUUAAUGGGGUCAUCAGUAGGUGCUGGUGUAGGACUUAACCCCAGAGCCAGUAGGAGGCAUUCGUCAUCAGGGCUUCUUGAUCGCCCCUCACCCACACCAUCACCACUUGGAACAAGGUCAUCACCUGACCCGCGGCGAACACACCCAGUGGCUCCUCCCUCAGCACUAGUUGGCCACAAAGAGAAGCACAAGCAUAAAUGCAAACGACGUGGACAUGGCUGCCCAGGUUAUGACAAGCUGAAAAGGCAAAAACGCAAACGCAAGAAGAAGUACCUGCAGCUGCGUUCACGGAGACAGGAUCCUGACUUCCUGGCUGAGCUGGAUGAGAUUUGUGUGCAGCUUAGUGAAAUACGAAUUUCCCACCGCACACCCGCCCUUCGUUUGGGCAGUAGCUUGGGUCUGGGAGCCGGUCCAGCUGGCGUAAACCGUGGGGCUGGCUUGGCUAGUGCCAGAGCAGGCAGUAGCAUUGGAAGUGGAACCAACCCCCCACCUCAUCAUUAUUUGCAUAGAGACCUUUUACCCACUAUCUUCCGGAUCAACUUUAGUGGUUACUAUUCCCCCCACCCAGCCUACCCAUGUGAUUCUCUGCACUAUGUUCGUAAGCCUGAUCUCAAGAAAAAACGUGGAAGGCCCCCAAAGCUACGGGAGUCAAUGUCAGAGGUGCCUUUUGUUCCUGGGCUUGGGUUCCCCCUCUCUAGCGGAGGGUUCUAUCACCCAUCUUAUGGUGUUCCAUAUUCCUCUGCCCCUCUUGGACUUGGCUAUUACCGGGGUUAUCCCCCAGCCAGUGCACUAUACCCUCACCCCCAUCAUCAGGCUCCACAUUCGAGCCAGUCGCAUCAUGGACAUCAUUCGCCUUCCUUUCCUCCUCCUCCUUCAUAUGUUCAUCAUCAUCACCCAUCUCACCUGCUUCUUAACCCUUCCAAGUUCCACAAAAAGAAGCAUAAGCUGCUAAGACAGGAGUAUAUUGGUGGGGGUCGUUCACCAGUGCUUUAUCCUGCUAUGUCCUCUGAAUUGUCAUUCGGCUGGCAUCACAAGCACAAGCACAGGCAUAAGCAUCGUGACCGUUGUGGAGAGGAAGAGGGUGAUGAUGGUGCAGGUACAGGAGGUGGAGGAGGUGGAGGAGGGAGAAGUGGAGGUGAGAGCUUGGGGACAGGACGAGGUGAGCGAGGGAGAAGAGGAGGGAGCCUAGAAUCUCUUCAGCGUUGUGGAUAUGGUCGGGAUGGCUCGGCUGACUCCAGCGCUAACAAACAGGCAGCUGCCACCUCUGGCAACUCCCCCUCGUCUUCAUCGUCAUCCUCAGCGGAAAGAUACAAACGCAAAGAAGCCUCUGUGUCUUGUCUAGGCCCUUCACGGCUAUCUUUGGGACGAGGGAGUAGGGGACAUCACCCUGCAGACUCCUGGUUCAGGAUUGGCAGCUCUGAUGUUGAUUACUCCAAGCUCUCACGUAACCAGGUUCUCAACCAGGGUGCGUUCUCUGAUGGACAUGUGCAAGACUCAAUAGGGUGCUCAGAUAGUGAGGAGGAAGAUCCUACUUCAGCUAACGAAGAAGAGGAUUCAGGAUCCCACCACACAAACCUGUUUGCGUCUGCUCUUACUCGGAACUCUCUUAAGGGUAAUCGGGGCAGGAAAGGUGGGAGCUCUGAAGGCUCCGGUCUGAUACGAUUGGAUAAAUCUCUGAGGAAGGAUCGUUCCACGUCUGCUGAGAGGAGAGAGUCUGGAAACUGUAGUGCUCAGACACGUGGGGGCCAUUCAGGUAUGCCUGAGUGUUCAGAGGCUCCUCUCCAUCGUCACCAUCACCACCCUGCCCUGCCCCUCUCCCACGCCCUCUCAUGUCUCCCCCACCUCAGCCUGGAACAGCCUGGCGGUGGCAUGGCACCCCGCCCCUCCAGCCGUCAAACGAGUCCAUCUACACGCCCCUCCCAACCUGCAUGCUGCCUUGACUCUUCCCCCUCACACCUCUCCCACCGCUCAGCUCCGCCUCCUCACAAGAACAACCUGCAUCAUGUCAACAAGAUACUGCGUGCCAAGAAGCUGCAGCGACAGGCACGCACCGGCAACAACGUGGUGAAGAAAAGGGGUCCGGGGCGGCCCCGCAAACACCCGCUACCUUCUCCUCCACCAUCUCCCCCGCCUUCAGUCCCUGAACUAGAGAACCACUCUUCUCUCGCAAAGCACAGAGCGAGCUGGGAAGGAGACACGGUCAUUGAUGCCAUCGAGUCUGUUGUACAGGGUCAAAAACGAAAGAGCCGGAAGAGGAAGCAGUGGGAGAGAGAAAGAGAUGAAAACGAAGAGGAUGAGGAAGAGGUUGAAGACGAUAGGGAGGAGGAAGAUGAGGAAGAGGAGACAAGAGGGCCUGAGACCAGAGAGGAAGAGGUGGUAGCUGCAAGAGCACGACCGACAGGUGGGACGGGAUGGCUGACGCAAGAGCAGUGUUUCCAGAGUGCCGUGGAGGGUAAAUCUGAUGGCCACUCCUCCCCUGAAUGUACAGGUCCAGCCCCUGAAGAACAACCUCCCCCUACACCAAUUCCUAAUCCGCGGGAAAAAAGAGCUGCUAGACCACCUAAAAAGAAGUUCCAGAAGGCGGGGCUUUAUUCAGAUGUGUAUAAAACUGAUGAUCCUCGAAGUCAGCUGCUACAAUUAAAAAAGGAGAAAUUGGAAUAUAUUCCAGGUGAACACGAGUAUGGCCUUCUUCCUGCUCCCAUUCAUGUUGGGAAGUACUUGAGACAGAAGCGCAUUGAUUUCCAGUUGCCUUACGACAUCCUGUGGCUUUGGAAACAUGACCAGCUCUAUAAGAGACCGGAUGUGCCUCUUUACAAGAAAAUUCGAUCCAAUGUAUAUGUGGAUGUGAAACCUCUUUCUGGCUAUGAAGCCACUACCUGUAACUGCAGGCUCCCAGAGGACCACAGUGAUAAGGGCUGCUUGGAUGAUUGCCUGAACAGGAUGAUCUUUGCUGAGUGUUCUCCUAGCACUUGUCCGUGUGGUGAGGAAUGUGAUAACCAGCGUAUUCAAAGGCAUGAGUGGGUGCAGUGUCUGGAGCGCUUCCGAACAGACGGGAAGGGCUGGGGCAUCCGAACAAAGGAGCCACUCCGUUCUGGACAGUUCAUCAUUGAAUACUUAGGCGAAGUGGUCAGUGAACAGGAGUUCAGGAGUCGGAUGAUGGAGCAGUACUUCGCUCACAGUGGCCAGUACUGUUUAAACCUAGACAGUGGCAUGGUGAUUGACAGCUAUCGCAUGGGCAAUGAGGCUCGCUUCAUCAAUCACAGCUGUGAGCCCAACUGUGAGAUGCAGAAGUGGUCGGUGAAUGGGGUGUACAGGAUUGGUCUGUUUGCUCUGAAAGAUAUGGACAAUGGGACAGAGUUAACCUACGACUACAAUUUCCACUCUUUCAACACUGAAGAACAGCAAGUCUGUAAGUGUGGCUCUGAAGGUUGCCGGGGUAUCAUUGGUGGCAAAAGUCAACGAAUCAAUGGCCUCCCUGGCAAAGCAGGAGGGUCAGGAGGCGGAGCCAAGAGGCUUGGCAGAUUAAAAGAGAAACGGAAAUCAAAACACCAGCUAAAAAAACGGGAGGAGGAGUCAAGUGACAGCAGUAAAUUUUACCAGCAUCUUUUGAUGAAGCCCAUGUCUAACAGAGAGAGGAACUUUGUGCUGAAGCACCGGGUGUUUCUACUGCGAAACUGGGAGAAAAUGAGGGAGAAGCAGGAGCUGCUAAAGAGGGAGGGAGAAAGGGAGCGAGAGAGGGAAAGUACCAGCCUCUCCCCUUACGCACGCUGGGGAAGCGUCAUCCGGGACGACGGAAACAUCAAGUCAGACGUGUUCCUGACGCAGUUCUCUGCGCUUCAGACCUCUCGUUCCGUGCGAACGCGCAGACUUGCCGCUGCAGAAGAGAAUACAGAAGUCACCCGCACAGCACGACUCGCACACAUCUUUAAAGAGAUCUGUGACAUGAUCACCAGCUACAAAGAUUCAGCUGGACAGACCCUUGCUGCUCCCCUGCUUAAUUUGCCUUCUAGAAAGAGGAACACGCAGUACUAUGAGAAAGUGUCCGACCCUCUGGACCUUAGUACCAUAGAGAAGCAGAUCCUCACCGGACAUUACAAAACCGUGGAGGCCUUUGAUGCAGACAUGCUUAAAGUAUUCCGCAAUGCUGAGAAAUACUAUGGCCGCAAGUCGCCGGUGGGUCGGGAUGUGUGCAGGCUGCGGAAGGCUUACUAUGGCGCUCGGCAUGAGGCCGCUGUCCAAAUUGACGAGAUUGUGGGUGAGACGGCCAGCGAGGCGGACAGCUCCGAUUCUUUGGAGCGCGACCAGGCACACCACCAUCACCACCAUGGGCCUGGUGGCCACGACAAGGACGACGAUGUCAUCCGCUGCAUCUGUGGCAUGUACAAGGACGAAGGCCUAAUGAUCCAGUGUGAGAAAUGCAUGGUCUGGCAGCAUUGUGACUGCAUGCGUCUGGAGGCGGAGGUGGAGCAUUAUCUUUGUGAGCAGUGUGAUCCUCGCCCAGUGGAUAGGGAGGUCCCCAUGGUGCCUCAGCCCAGUUACGCCCAGUCAGGCUCCAUCUACUAUAUAUGUCUGCUCCGAGAUGAGCUGCUGCUACACCAAGGUGACUGUGUUUACCUGAUGAGGGACAGCAGACGCACUCUAGAGGGCCAGCCUGUGCGUCAGUCCUACCGUCUUCUGUCCCAUGUCAACAGAGACAAACUGGACAUCUUCCGCAUUGAGAAGCUCUGGAAAAAUGAAAAGGGUGAAAGAUUUGCCUUUGGUCAUCAUUACUUCCGCCCUCAUGAGACUCACCAUUCGCCCUCGCGCCGCUUCUACCAUAAUGAGCUGUUCCGAGUGCCUCUCUAUGAGAUAAUUCCUCUGGAAGCGGUGGUGGGCACAUGCUGCGUUCUGGACCUGUACACCUACUGCAAAGGUCGGCCGAAAGGUGUGAAAGAGCAGGACGUGUACAUCUGUGAUUACCGGCUGGACAAGUCUGCUCACCUUUUCUACAAGAUCCACCGCAACCGCUACCCAGUCUGCACUAAACCGUACGCCUUCAACCACUUCCCUAAAAGGCUUGCACCCAAGAGGGACUUUUCGCCUCACUAUGUGCCAGAUAAUUACAAGAGGAAUGGCGGCCGGGCAGCCUGGAAGAGCGAGCGAUCCAAAGGGUCUGUGGCCUGCGACGAAGAAUCCUCCCCCAGCGUGUCAUGUGACCAGCUGCCCGUGGCCUUCUCCAGAGACACGGAAGGAAGUGGAGGAAGAAGAGCAGAAGGAGAAGUGGACCGAGCGCAUGAGGACUCCUCCACCCCAAUGACUUCGCUAGUGCCACCACAGGAGCGCACGAGAUCUGCUGAAGAGGAGGAUGAGGACGAUGAAGAAGAGGUAGACGAGGAAGAGGAGAGAAGGGAGAUGGAUGAGGGCACCGUGGAGAGGGGAGGAGGCAUGGAAGUGUUGGAGCCCCACACCUCUUUGUCUCUCUCUCCAUCACCCCUGCACCACCCUGUUUUAGGAAGAAGGGAGGCACAGAGGGACCGACUGAAUAAGAUCCUGCUGCACCUGCUCCAUCGGGCACCCAGCAAAAAUGCGAUAGACGUGACUUAUCUUUUGGAGGAGGGCUCCGGACGGCGGCUGCGCAGACGAACGCUUGGACUGAGCGACUUUGUGAUUAGGAAGUGAUGCUGUCAACUUUGCCUGACAAACACAUCUCCCUCUUUCUUGCCCAGCAAAAAAAAGAAACAAGUUUUAAAAAAAAGAUAUGCAGGAGGCUGAUAAAAAAACAGCUAAGAGAGGGAGUAAGGUGUGAGAGGAGAGUCCCUCCCUUUAAUACUCCUGUCCUUUUGUUCGCUGUCUUCGUAAAGGAGAUUGAAAGAACAGACUAGACUAGCUCAAAUGCAUAGGACACACGGCUUCUGCUAGCAGUGAGAGAAUCCUGUUAUCACCUUGAUGCGUUAAAAAAGUAUGAUGCAAAGACUCAAGUGUUAAAGACUAAAAAAAAAGAAAACAACAUAGGAAAAUGUAAUCCAGAUGCUUUAAACUGAAGAAGUAGAAGGAAAAAAAAUCUAUUUAAGCCUUGAAACUCAAAUGAACUGUCACAUAUGAAAUACAACUGUGCUGACGGUCUAACGGUCUUACGGUUCAGAGGUCAAUAUUUUUGAGGCAGCAUGUGGUACUACAUACAGUGUAAGGCCUCACAGACUAGGCCUGUACAGUCUGGGUGAGGGGAUGGACAUGGACAUGGAGGUGGAUUUGAAAGAAGACAAGGAGACCAGUGCCCCCUAGUGGUCAGUAAUGUCAAAUCCACAUCUACAAACAACUGAGAAGAGUAGGAAGGAGGGAAGAGGAGCAACAUAGGAGGUGCAGUGUAGCGCACAUAGACACUGCCCAUAGAGUGGGAUGAGAGAGAGAGGGUGAAGAGGAAGUGAGCAGCAGAGAAAGAGUAAUGGCUAACUGCACUUUUUUUCCUUUGUUUAACGAAUAUGGACAUUGUUCGCUCCCGGAGACAUUCAUACGUAUAAGACACACUAACACUCAACGCAGUAUUGAACAAUGCUGUGAGGUAAAAGCAAAACAAAUUAUUAAGUAUAUCCUCUUUUGUUUGUUUGUUUAAUUGAUUGUUGUUUUUCUGUCAUACUGUAACAUUAGGAAUGGAGCAGGGUGGCAGUUGGCGGGUUGGGAAUUGUUCCUUACUUUGCAAACUCUGAAUUCUGGGAUAUGGGAAAAGACUGGCGGUUAGCUUAGUUUAGCUUAGCUUCUGCCGUCGUAAACGCAGAGACUGGUCUGUGAAGCAGCCAGCCCUGCCCCAUUUUCAAGUGUUUGAUUCACCAGCUCAACAGGAUGGUUAACCAGUGAGGGUGCACUGAAUAACUGUAACGCCUUAGAAUGCCAUGGUCUUGACCUAUCUGUCUGUCUGUGUGUGUGUGUGUGUGUGUGUGUGUGUGGCAAGUGUGUAUGCACGCGUCCAUCACAUUCAUUUUGAACGCUGGCCCAACUGUAUGGAAACAUUUAGAAAGAUAAAAAAAAAGAAAAAAAAGAAAAACAAAAAGGGCUUGACAACCGUUAACAAAAUCGAUGCAUCCGGUGAUGUCACUUUCUGUGAGAGGAAUGUUGUGGAAUGAGUGCGUGUUAUGGGAGUGGAUUUGGAGCGCUACUUUUUACUUUUUGUGAUUAUGAUGAUUAGGUGACCAUGGAUAAUGUUUCUAAAAGAAUUGUGAUGAGAUUUUUUUUUGUUUUUGUUUUUUGCCCCCCGCAUCAGCUUUGUUUUUACAAAGAGAUAUCCCACCCCUUUGAUGGACUGACAGAAAAGAGAGAAAAAAAACUGACAAAGAAAGAAAAAUGUAUAGUGCCAAGCUAUGUAUAUAUACAGACAGGAAUAUGUGAGACAUGUCUCCAAAAGCAAUAUCUUGAUAAUGGAUUUUGUGUAUUGUAUUGUACAGGACUCGACCCUAUAUGUAUUAUUAUUAUUAUUAUUAUUACUACUAUUAUUAUUAUUAUUAUUAUCAUCAUUAUUAAUAUACCAUUUGUAUUGAUAUAAUUGUUCAUUUAAGCUUGGGCUGGAGGACUAACUGGCUGGCGGACGUUACGUAUGUUUCUGGUCAUUGAACAGGAAAAGCUGAGAUCAACUGAAAUCUUAUAGCCCAGAAAAAAAAACAAACGCCCUUUGUUUAUAGCCCUUAAUGGUCAUAGGAGCAUGGUCAGAUGGACUCGGGUAGAAAGCAUUUUGGAUCACAGUGACCCCAGACCUGGCAACUGUCAUUGUAAUUAUUAAUUUGUAACAUUAUUCUAAUUAUUAUUAUUACUUUUGAGGGGGGGAAAGAAAAAAGCUACCCCUCAUUUCUUGCUGCAAAGUGUUGAACACUAAAAAAACAAACCAACAUAAAAAAACAAUAUUUUAGAAGACGAUGGAAACAAAGGAAAAAAACAAAAAGAAAAAAACUGUCAGCUAAAUAUCAUGUUCUUAAUCUUUUUAUUUGUUUUUGUUUUUUUUCCUUAAAGCGGAAAAAAUGGUUCAGUUUUUUGUGAUAGCGGUCAUAAUCAUGAUGCUUGUAUUUCUUGUAUUUGUGUGUUUUUGUGUGAUUUGUUUAGUUAUUUUUAGACAAUCACAAAAAUAACAUGCAAGCAUUGUAUAUGGACAGACUGACAGACAUUUUGUGUUGUGUACAGUUUGUCAAGAUUUCUUCCACUCUGGUUAAAAGUUUGUAAUUAUGAUUCUAAAGUCAUGAAAAUGCUGUUGGUUUUUACUUUUUUUGUUUUAUAUUCUAUUUGUUUUUGUUUUUUUUGUUUGUUUGUUUGUUUUUUAAUAAAAAGCACUACAUUGUUGUGAAUA